AUGUCGGUUAGAAACAGACUAGCUGAUCUAAAAAAAAGAGAGGAAUCAAAUCUUGUUGAAAGACGCCAACGUCUAAAAUUAUUGCUUGAUGCAGAGGAUAAAAUGUACGAAUAAGAAUUCAUGGCAAAUCUUGAAACUCCUGAGCAGGUCAGAGAGAAAAUGGCAUAGAGAUUGUAUGAAUUAAAAGAGAGAAGAGAAUAAGAAAGAUAAGAGUAAGUCUAAAGAAAGCUAGAACAAAGAUUUAGGGACACUACUGAUGAUGUUAGAAGAGAAGAAUCUUAAUUUGCAACCCAUCAUUGCCAAUUCGAAAGAGAAAAGCAAUUGAUGGACAAGUAAUAAAGAACUCAAUAACAAAUCAUGGAGGAAUAAAUCUACGCCUAACUUUGGAAGCUCGAUCUUCAGAAGAAAGAGGAAAGAGAGAGGUAAGAAGCUGAAGAAAAAAGAAGACUUGUUGGAGAUACUAUGUCUAUCUUAGAUUGGCAAAAAGAGACUAGAUAACUUACUAAGCAAUAAGAAAAGGAUUUGACUGAGCAGGAAAAGUCAAUGCUAGCUGCACAGUGGAAGAAGGAAGAGGAAUAUGAAAGAGAACUCGAGAGAUAAAAGUUUGUUCUGAAUCGUGAGAGAAAUCUCGAAUUAAUCAGACACAACGAGGCUGAGAAAAAAUUGAGGGAGGAAUAACUCAGAGUUGAAAAAGAAAGAGAUAAGCAUAUGCUAGGAAACGCUAUUUCAAGAGAACAAGAAAUUGAAAGGUUAGAGUAGGAGGAGAAACUUAAGAGAAGAGGAGAAGUUGUUGAGUUACAAAAAUACUACCUCCAAAAGGCAGAAGACAAGAAAGCUGAGGAAUAGUUGAUUGAACAUCUCACUUGGCUUUAAUCAGAAUAGCAAUGGAAAAUGAAAGAGGAUAAAUGGAGAAAGGAGGAGCAAGCAAGAGUUAAUCUUAUGAAGAAUGUUUAUGAUCAAAGACUUCAAACUGUUGAGCUUAAGAAAAAGCUUCAGGACGAAGAUUAAUGGCUUGUACAAAAUGAAAAGUAGAAACUAGAUGCUGAACUUGAGAGAUUAAAUAGAGAGGCUGAAGAGAAGAAAACGAGAGAAGCUCUCAAUAGAAAGAAUUACCAAGGGGAUGUACUCAGAUAGGUAAAUGAAAGAGAUAGAGAGAAGAGAAGACUUCUCCAAGAGAAAAUGUACGAGGAAAGAGCUGCUAAAUUGGCUGAGAUCAACUAUGUUAAGAAGAUUGAUACCACAAAAGAUGCCAAUGCCCAAGUGCUUCAAGCCUGGAGGACCUAAUAUUAAUGA